AUGGACUCCAUAGACAAGAAAGUUCAUGAGAAAUUAGAUGAAGAAGAACUCGAAGAUACAGUAGAGAAUGCAAAACAUUUGUUUGAAGAAGAAGUUAGAAAAAUGUGCAAAAAACAAUUAGAACAUGAACGUGAGAUAUAUUAUGGUUAUAGAGAUUCUCCAUACGAACUAGACCAAUGGGAACAAGAAGAUUUAAAGAGAGAAUUUAGAGAAUAUGAACUCGCUAAGAUAGCAUUAGAAACUGCAGAAAAGAAGUUAAAAGUUUGGGGUCGUUUUGUAAAAAAAUAUUGUGAGUAA